CUUAAAAAUAGUUCAGUGUUUUAUUCAGAUUUAAAAGAUAUACCUAACAAACGCGUUGCAUGUAGAUAAACAUAAAUCUAUAUCUCGAAAUUAUAAUAUAAAUACAUAAUAGUGUAUAAUAAUGAAAUAUGCAAUAUUUUAUACUUUAUGCUUUAUCUUUAUUUUAAAUUGCGGAAUGUAGUUUUUUUCUAACUACUACUUUAUUAUCUUUUCCAUUCUUAUCGUCCAAAUUUGCAUUAUCAUGUUGUUCAUAAAUAAAAUAUAGUUCGAUGAAAACAGAAGAUAUAAUGCACACAUAUAAGGAUGCGAGCAAUUUUAGGCAGUUAUUAUUCUACCAUGGAUCGGCCCGUCGUGACUGUGAAGCAAGGAAAGUUGCAAGGAGUUCUGGAAGAAAAUGUGCUUGAUGGUUCCCAUUAUUUUGCUUUUAAAGGUAUACCUUUUGCUGCUCCACCAGUUGGCAAAUUAAGAUUUCAGGAUCCCAAACCUCCAGCUGCGUGGGAUGGCAUUCGCGAUGCGUCCGAAAAUGGCAACAUUUCUUUACAAAUAGAUCUACUAACUAAAACGGUGAUCGGUGACGAAGACUGCCUUUAUCUUAACGUUUAUGUACCACAUAGUAUCUAUGGAACAACGCGGAUUCCAGUUAUGGUUUGGGUUCAUGGCGGGGGAAAUCUACUUGGGUCAGGCUCUGAUAUUAAUCAACAACCUGAUUAUCUUUUGGCAAAAGAAGUCAUUGUAGUGUUAAUAACCUACAGACUCGGUGCUUUAGGUUUCUUAAAACUCGGUCAUGAAACAGCAUGCGGAAACCAGGGCCUGAAAGAUCAGAUUGCUGCACUGAAAUGGCUGAGAGAAAAUAUUCAAGUAUUUGGCGGGGAUCCAGAAAACAUCACUGUAUUUGGUAACAGUAGUGGUGCUGUGUGCGUGCAUUUAUUAAUGUUAUCACCGCUAUCUAAAGGUCUUUUUCACAAAGCUAUUCUUCAAAGCACUAUAAGUACGUGCAUUUCGUCAAUAAAAGAGACUCAGCAAGAAGUAAUCCCGUUUAAACUUGCCUCAUUACUUGGCAUUGAUUCCAAGGACUCCGAAGAAAUCGUAGAGUUUCUUCGAAAGAUACCCGCUGACCAAAUCGUCAAUGCGCAAUGGCAAUUUAUACCUCUAAAGGAAAGGUACGGCAUGAAUCUACCAUUUACACCCGUGGUUGACAGCGACGUAAAAAUACCUUUGUUUCCACGUCCUCUGUAUCAGUUGCUUAAUGAUGAUAAUGAUAUACCAAUCAUAGUUGGUAAUACAUCUCAUGAAUAUAUAUUCCAUCUUGACAGUAUUGAACCUGAUCCUAGUGAAAAAACUUUGAAAAUGCUCUACGAAGACUUACCGAACCAUGUGAGACAAGUAAGAAGUUUACAAGACCCGGUAAAAAUAGUGCAGCUGACGGAGCGCAUUAAGCAAUGGUAUUUUAAUGGAAAACCAUGUACUAAAAACAGUGUCUCCUCAAUCAUACAAUGCAUGAGUGAUAUUUAUCUGAACAUACCUAUAAUAGAAUUCGUAAAUAGCCGAAGAAAAAGGAAAGAGGCAGUGACAUACUUUUAUAAGUUUUCAUAUGUCGGUAAUCAGACAACUACUAAGCAAAUUAUGCUGGGAAACAAAGUAAUCAUGUAUGGAGCGGCUCAUGGUGAUGAGAUAUCACAUCUAUUUUACACACCUCAAAGUGUUAAUGAUCCUCAACCACCUGCUAUAGGCACAAAAGAUCGGAAAGUAGUAGAAGCUAUCACAAGUAUGUGGACGAAUUUUGCAAAGACAGGAAAUCCAACGUCUGUCAUUGAUCAAAAUGUAACUACCACUUGGUUGCCAGCAACAGCAGAUGCCUUGAAUUACUUAGAAAUCAAUGACGCUUUACAAUGUGCAACGAUCACAGAUUAUACUAAUAUAUUUCAAGAAGAUUCAGAUGAUUAUCACUUGAACAAACUUGAAAUCUGUGUCCGGGACGAAGUCAUCACCAAGCCACCGGGGCGAAGAAUCGAGAUAAUGACGAUAGAACGCAAUGAUAUAAGAAUGCGAGCAAUGUCAGACAGUUAUUAUUAUUCUACCAUGAAUCAGCCCGUCGUGACUGUGAAACAAGGAAAGUUGCAAGGAGUUUUGCAAAAAAAUGUGCUUGGUUCUCAUUAUUUUGCUUUUAAAGGUAUACCUUUUGCUGCUCCACCAGUUGGCAAAUUAAGAUUUCAGGACCCCGAACCUCCAGCUUCGUGGGAUGGCAUCCGCGAUGCGUCCGAAAACGGCAACGUUUGUUCACAACUAGAACUAUUAACUAAAACGGUGAUCGGUGACGAAGACUGCCUUUAUCUUAAUGUUUAUGUACCACAUAGUAUCUAUGGAACAACGCGGAAUCCAGUUAUGGUUUGGAUUCAUGGUGGAGCAUUUCUUAUUGGAUCAGGUUCUGAUAUUAAUCAACGACUUGAUUAUCUUUUGGCAAAAGAAGUCAUUGCAGUGUCCAUAAACUACAGACUCGGUGCUUUUGGUUUCUUAAAACUCGGUCAUGAAGCAGCAAGCGGAAACCAAGGUCUGAAAGAUCAGAUUGUCGCGCUGAAAUGGGUAAAAGAAAAUAUUCAAAUAUUCGGCGGAGAUCCAGAAAACAUCACUGUAUUUGGUAGCAGUAGUGGUGCUGCAUGCGUGCAUUUACUAAUGUUAUCACCGCUAUCUAAAGGUCUUUUUCACAAAGCUAUUCUUCAAAGCACUAUAAGUACGUGCAGUUGGGCAAUAAAAGAGACUCAGCAAGAAGUGAUCUCAUUUAAACUUGCCUCAGUACUUGGCAAUGAUUCCAAGGACCCCGAAGAAAUCAUAGAGUUUCUUCGAAAGAUACCCGCUGACCAGAUCGUCAAAGCGCAAUAUCGAUUUCUUACUCGAAAGGAUAUGUACAGCUUUAAUCUACCAUUAACACCCGUGAUUGACAGUGACGUAAAAAAACCUUUGUUUCCACGUCCUAUUCAUCAGUUGCUCAAUGAUGAUAAUGAUAUACCAAUCAUAGUUGGUUAUACUACUCAUGAAUAUAUACUUUAUCUUGACGAUUUUAGUGAAAAAAAUUUGAAAAUGCUCUACGAAGACUUACCGAAUCAUGUGAGAAAAGUAAGAAAGUUACAAGACCCGGUAAAAACAGCGCAGCUGAUGAAGCGCAUUAAGCAAUGGUAUUUUAAUGGAAAACCGUGUACUGGAAACAGUGUCCUAUUCAUCAUACAAUGCAUGGAUGCUAUUUAUCUGAACAUACCUGUAAUAGAAUUCAUAAAUAGCCGAAGAAAAAGGAAAGAGGCAGUGACAUACUUUUAUAAGUUUUCUUAUGUCGGUAAUCAGACAACUACUAAGCAAAUUAUGCUGGGAAACAAAUUGGCCAUGAUUGGAGCGGCUCAUGAUGAUGAGUUAUCAUAUCUGUUUUACAUACCUAUUUAUAAAGUUAAUGAUCCUAAACCACCGGCCAUAGGCACAAAAGAUCGAAAAGUAUUAGAAGCCCUUACAAGUAUGUGGACGAAUUUUGCGAAGACAGGAAAUCCAACGUCUGUCAUUGAUCAGAAUGUAACUACCACUUGGUUGCCAGCAACAGCAGAUGCCUUGAAUUAUUUAGAAAUCAACGAUGCUUUACAAUGUGCAAAGAUUACAGAUUAUACUAAUAUAUUUCAAGAAUCUGAUUAUACAGAGAGAAAAGAAAAGGGAAGGAAAGGAAAGACAAAUAUACGCACUAUUCAUGGACCUAAAGGCCGUCUUUGAUGGAUAGGGAAAAGCAUGGAAGAAAAGGGAGUGGAGAAGAAGAUGGAGAAGAUUGAGAAGAUAGAAGAAAUUUACAGGAAAAGGGAGGUCACGAUGAGGGUGAAGAAUGGAUUAUCAGAAAGAUUUGUUACAAAAUAGGUUGGAUAUAUAUAUAUAUAUAUAUAAUAUUAUAUAUAUAUAUAUAUACAGGGUGUCUGAGAC